AUGCAAUGCCAACGUCUUCUCGUGCCUGAUCGUCUUGGCUCGAGUCAAGACCAGACAUCUUCGUUGAACAUCUGGCAGAUCAAUCCCGGCCGAACGGAUCAAGUUGUAGAUGCGAUAGUUGGGAGGGAAGAGACGACAGCGCCAACAAGCAACGCUGAGACAGACCACUCUGUCCCUUCGCAAGAUGGAGUCCUGCAGAUCUACCUACCUAGCAACGGCAUUUGUGCGUCCUGCAAUACCACCAACAACCUUCGGGACCGACGCAAGGCUCUGGAGAUUCACGUACAUGGCGAUCCUGGAGGAAGCCGACACACCCGCUGA